AUGGGGCGAUGGUGUGGUAAUGAGGGUUGCCAGGUUCUGCUCACGAUGGGGCGCUGGUGUGGUAAUGAGGGUUGCCAGGUGUGCUCACGAUGGGGCGCUGGUGUGGUAAUGAGGGUUGCCAGGUGUCCUCUCACGAUGGGGCGCUGGUGUGGUAAUGGGGGUUGCCAGGUGUGCCUCACGAUGGGGCGCUGGUGUGGUAAUGAGGGUUGCCAGGUGUGCCUCACGAUGGGGCGCUGGUGUGGUAAUGAGGGUUGCCAGGUGUGCCUCACGAUUGGGUUCUGUGUGGUAAUGGGUUGCCAGGUGCCUCACGAUGGGCGCUGGUGUGGUAAUGAGGGUUGCCAGGUGCGCCUCACGAUGGGGCGCUGGUGUGGUAAUGAGGGUUGCCAGGUGUGCCUCACGAUGGGGCGAUGGUGUGGUAAUGAGGGUUGCCAGGUGUGCCUCACGAUGGGGCGCUGGUGUGGUAAUGAGGGUUGCCAGGUGUGCCUCACGAUGGGGUACUGGUGUGGUAAUGAGGGUUGCCAGGUUUGCUCACGAUGGGCGCUGGUGUGGUAA